AUGAGGAGGUUAAAUGCGCAUCUGGUCGAGGAGCACUGCUGGAAACGGUGCAAAUACUGUUCUGCCGUCCAUACUGAGGCGUCUUCCCAACGACAUCUUGAGCAGACACACGAUCUUCGGAAAUGUGAGGUGUGUGGCGAACUGAUUGAAGCCGAUGACAUGAUCCGUCACCUUCGGUCAACGCACGCCGGGAGGAUUUGCCGAUACUGUAUUCACGCAAACACGGAAAAGGGUCUUGCCGACCAUAUUUCCAGAUUUCAUGCGUUCCAUCCUGACGAUGCAGCCAGUCAGGGCAUGCGUAUUGACGAUCUACGGACGCGCACCAACUCGCCGACAUUCGAGCCGGUGCGAUCGACUGAUUGUAAGACUCCUGUGCAAUCGUCUGGCAAGUCUGGUAUUGUUUCCCAGCGCUCAAUACCAGGGCCAAAAGAUACAAAUGUAAGAGAUGUGGCAAGGUUCUGUCGAAGAAUAACAAAUCACGGCAUCGCAAAGAGUGCCUGCGGCUCAGUGGCGGACUGA